CUCGAAAUGAUUCGUUCGUAUCUUCAACAUUAUCUAUUAUGACUGCGAGACAUGCCAUCUGUCAUCCACCCUUUUGGUAACUACCUAAGUCCCUUCGUUCGUUCGUUCGUUCGUUCCUUUUUUUAUCCAUGCAUGCAGAAAGAGCAGAAAAAGAAAAAAAGAAAAAAAAAAGGAAGAACGCCACUGAUGUAUAAAAACAUCUAUGCAUGCAUAUGCAGAAGAGACAUCAAAAGCUCCCCCUUCCCCGCCUCCCCGCCUCCCCUCCUCCAAAAUGCCCCACAUAUGUACAAUGAGAUAGAAUAAGAUAGGUGGGUGGUCAUUUCCCAACAUCGAUUUUUAUGUCAUCCCAGGUCUCCUGGGAUAGCUAAGGAAGGGAAGGGUGC